CCCUUCAGCUGGGCUGGGGUGGGGGGAGGGGCCGAGCUGAAGAGGCGGCCGCGGCGCUCCCGGAGGGCAGGGCCAGGCAAAGGCGGGACUGGCCCGCAGCUGGGGGACUGGAGAGCUGCGAAGCUAACGGGUCCGGGCUCUGGAGGAGGCGGCGGCGGUGGCGGCAGCAGCUUUCAGCACGGGCGGAGGCGGCGGCAGGAGCUGCAAGCAUGGCCCGCGCGGCGCCCAGCGCUGACUGAGGAAGGCUUGUCCAUGGUUCACUGAACUGAGCAGAAAUGCUGCCUCUACAAUCCAUCUGGAUCUGCAAUGAGGGACAAGUCCCAGGGUCAUGCUGUGGCAGCCUGGUGCCUGACAAGUGAGGGAAAACCUGCCUGGGGAUUAUUGCCAGCUGGAGUCAACAGCAGGACAGCCUUUCCUCAGGGGAGCAGGGAUGGGCCGACCAGCUGCCCAAUGCACCCCAACAGGUCCAGGAAGGAGUCCUGGGCUCUGGUGAAGAACUCCAUACAAGCGCUGCUAACCCACAUGGCUUAGAUGCAGCACUCCACUGAGCAGCAGCUAUUUCCAGCCCUAGAAGACCCCACAGCAGGAGUAGGUGCUUUGUGAACCCCCACCCCCAUUCAACUGCAGCUGGGGUGGUGACCACCAGGAGGAAGGACCAGCACCUUGGAUGGGAAGCAGUAGGACAGAAGAACAGAAGAGGAUCUUGGUUUUUGCAGCAGUUUCCUGAUACCCAAGGAGCUUCUUAAUCUCCUUUCUGGCCUGGGGCCAGACUCCUUUUCUCUGGCUGAAGGGUUGGGCCAGUAAGACCAGCCAGGGUAGAAAGGGAGGACUCUUGCAUGGAAUGCAGGCCCCCUGAAGUCCGUGUCCUCUCUGCUGUGAUCAGAGUUCCAGGGCUUCCCCACUGCAGGGGACGAGGGGCCGCCUCAGUGUCUGCUCAUGAGCCACAAGGACUCCGACUGCUCCAGACUGUACCUUUUCAAGCCGCCAAAGAGGGGGACCCCUGGAGCUGGCAGCCAGCAAGGGACUAGAGGGCUGGGAUGGACUGACCUCCCCCUCACCAGGGUGGCAGGAGAGGCAGAGCCUUUGUGGCCCAGCUAGUGACUGAGAGACCCGAUAAAGGCCUAAGCAGGGUCCUCAGUGGCUCAGGGAAGGGGAACUACUCCUGCCUUUGUGCUUUCACCUUUCAUUGAGGGAGGGUGUGGCGAGGGUCCCCUGCCGCAGCACGUGCCCUUAUGCCCUUUACGCGUGCUGUCCAAACAAACAGGCUGCACUGUGGCUGGCCCCAUAGUGGGCUGGGAAAGGAGCGGCCACGGUGACAGCUGCCCCGUGGCCAGCACAAUGAAGUGCUCCCUGCGUGUGUGGUUCCUCUCUGUGGCCUUCCUGCUGGUCUUCAUCAUGUCCUUGCUCUUUACCUACUCACACCAUAGCAUGGCCACUUUGCCCUACCUGGACUCAGGGGCCCUGGGUGGAACGCACCGGGUCAAGCUGGUGCCGGGCUACACAGGCCUCCAGCGUCUUGGCAAGGAAGGGCUUUCAGGAAAGAGUUGUGCCUGCCGACGCUGCAUGGGUGACACUGGAGCCUCUGAUUGGUUUGACAGCCACUUUGACAGCAACAUCUCGCCCGUCUGGACCAGAGAUAACAUGGAUCUCCCCCCGGAUGUCCAGAGGUGGUGGAUGAUGCUGCAACCCCAAUUCAAGUCACACAACACCAAUGAGGUGCUGGAGAAGCUGUUCCAGAUCGUGCCUGGUGAGAACCCCUACCGCUUCCGGGACCCGCACCAGUGCCGUCGCUGUGCUGUAGUGGGGAACUCAGGCAACCUUCGGGGCUCUGGCUAUGGGCAGGAUGUGGACGGGCACAACUUCAUCAUGAGGAUGAAUCAGGCACCAACUGUGGGCUUUGAGCAGGAUGUUGGCAGCCGAACCACCCACCAUUUUAUGUAUCCUGAGAGUGCCAAGAACUUGCCUGCCAAUGUCAGCUUCGUGUUGGUGCCCUUCAAAGCUCUGGACCUACUGUGGAUUGCCAGUGCCCUCUCCACAGGGCAGAUCCGAUUCACCUAUGCUCCAGUGAAGUCCUUCCUUCGAGUGGACAAGGAAAAGGUCCAGAUUUACAACCCAGCCUUCUUCAAGUAUAUUCAUGACAGGUGGACAGAGCAUCAUGGGCGGUACCCUUCCACAGGGAUGCUGGUGCUCUUCUUCGCCCUGCAUGUGUGUGAUGAGGUGAACGUGUACGGGUUCGGGGCCGACAGUCGAGGCAACUGGCACCACUACUGGGAGAACAACCGGUACGCGGGCGAGUUCCGGAAGACAGGCGUGCACGACGCGGACUUCGAAGCCCACAUCAUCGACAUGCUGGCUAAGGCCAGCAAGAUCGAGGUCUAUCGAGGGAACUGAGUCGGACCUCACUGCGAACUUUCCAGCCCUGCUGUCCUGGGCACCGCCAGGCCACGUGGAACGACGUGGGGCUGCGGUCUGGACCAGUCACGCCACGGCACAGCCAGCGCCUGCAGCCGCCUACCAAUCACAAGGCCGGCCCGGUCCUAACACCAACCAGCGCUAUGGGGGGCGGGGCUUCUGUUUCUCAGCCAAUCAUACGACUCAAGGGGAACUUCCGGCGCUGGGACCUGUCUCCACCAAUCACUGGCCUUGGGAGGCGGGCUGUUGGCCGCUCAAUCCCCUCCCUUCCUCUCCGGCUUUGGGAUAGGAGUGUCCCUUGUUGCUGGACUGGCUUGGGGCUGUGGCGGGAAGCGGCGGGGAAGCCAGGGGCAGCCGGGAAGGGAGGAGCUGAUGUCCCCAGACCCCAGCGUUUCAAACUGCACAUUCCUUCCCCCUCAGGCCUAGAUGGGUAAGUGAAGCCCGCCAAAGAAAUGCGGUCACGGUGAAACCCUCCUCGCCGCCCACGCGGUGCCUCUGUCCAGGGCGUUUCGUGGCUCCCCAGAUCUAGGAAAUUGGAUUCACCCCACACUAGGGUGGACCUCGCCUAGGGAUUAAUUCCAAAACGGAAGUUAGGAACAGGGCAGGGGCCGCGAAGCCCCGCCGCGUCCCACGUAAGGUGCUUCUCACGUGUGCCCUUCCCCCUCCCCACUGUCUCUCCUGGGGCCCUGGGCCUCCUCCCCAGCCCACCUGUUGCUCUGGAGAAACGCGAGAACACCCGGAUCCAGCACACACACUACAGCACUGUGGACAGCAGGCUGGGGAGGGGAGCCCAGCUGCUCCUGCAUGCACCUUUUUCCUUCGUUGUCACCCCAAAGAGGAGCAGACAGCCUCUUGGAGGUCGGAUUUGCUUUGGGGCUCAUACUUUAGUUAACCUUAAGCUGCCAGGGAUGGCUGCCCACACAAGAUUGCUUGACAGUUCUAAGCAGGCCUUGUGGAUGGCUCGGAGCUUUGCUGGGGAAGAGCAGAUUUGUGGCUGCCCCCGCAUGCAUUCUCCUGCCCACACCCCUGUCCUGCCCAGCCCAGCCCACCUGCCUACUCUAACCCGCUCUCCGUUUCCAGCUCCGAAGGGUUGGGGAGCCAAGAACCAGGUGGCAAAACUGGAAACUACUUAUAUGACUUACUCCAGCGAGAUCUGAGGAAGUUCAGCAGGCAGAAAGGGCCACUGCGAAGCUCCCAGGCCCUAGAAAGUGAAAGUACUCCCUUUCUCAAUAUUGUGACCCAAGUAUUCCCCAUUAGUGAAUUGACAUCACCAAGCAGCCUCCUGGUUGGGGGACAGCCACUCUCAGGAGAGAGUGUUAGAUGAGGGUUAGAGUGGGGCAGUGGGCACCCCUAGAAAUGAAUAGAUUGGGAACUUAGCUUGAGUCUAUUCCCAGUUCCAGAAGCAGGGGUGGAGAGAAUGGGGUGCAUUGGGUGGGGGCUGUGGUACGACCUCUCAGGGCUCCAACCACCUUGCAGAGUCAAGGCACCAGCCGUUUCGCUCUCGCCAGUCUCAUCUCUGCUUUCUGAAGAGGCUGCUUUGAUGAGAAGUUGAAAAACUAUGCCAAACAGUAUUGAGCAGAAUAAUUUAUUUCUUUUUCUUUGUUUUAAAUCAUUAAUCCCCAUUCUGGAAAGGUAGGUCCCAGCACCUAGAUCUCCUUCUACAGUUAUUUAAACC